GGGGCUUCCCGUGUGUUCUUUUAACUGUCCACCCGCGAGGAAUUUGCGAGCCCCGAAACAUGCGUACCUACAACGCAGAGGGAGUUCCCACGAGUUGGCCUUGGUUAAAGUGAUUGGACAACGGCAGUGGCAGUCAUUUUGUAAAGCAAAACAUACCCGCCCAGUGUCCCCGGGAUGAGGAGAGGACGAGAGUUUCGCCAGAAGAGAACAGGGAAAUGAAGUUGUCAGACGGGCCAGCCCAGCAACUCUCUCAGUACUAGACAGCUAGCAAGUUAGGUGACAGACGGUCACGAGUAGAGCGCUUCGUAGGAGCUAGCACCGCUAUGAAGGUCGUCCCUUUGAGCAACUUGUAGCUACACUUAGACGGCUACAGACAACGACACGGACAUUUCAAAGUAACAGCGUUACGGAAAAAAAGAAAGUGGGGACAACUUGCUAGCCCGCUAGCUAACCUUUAGCCGCCGAGCCUCCUUCAGCUUCAGAACCACAGUUCCCUCCUCGAUAUUUGGGCUUGGAUUACCAGUCUCCAGUCAUGCCUUUUCCUUUUGGGAAGUCUCAGAAGAGCCCAGCUGACAUAGUGAGGAGUUUGAAGGAGAAUGUGGCCUACAUGGAAAAGAUGGAUGCUGGAGACAGCAAAAAGUGUGAAAAGGUUGCAGAGGAGGUGUCCAAAAACCUGGCCUCCCUGAAGGAGGUACUUAGUGGAACAGGCGACAAGGAGCCUCAAACCGAAGCAGUGGCUCAGCUUGCACAAGAGCUGUACAACACCAACCUACUCAUUGCUCUCAUUGCAAACCUGCAGAGGAUUGAUUUUGAGGGGAAGAAGGAUGUGGUUCAUUUGUUCAGCAAUAUUGUGAGACGCCAGAUUGGCAGCCGUACACCCACGGUAGAAUACAUCUCUACACAACAACAGAUCCUCUUCAUGCUGCUGAAAGGAUAUGAGAGUCCAGAAGUGGCUCUGAACUGUGGGAUGAUGCUGAGAGAGUGCCUGCGCCACGAGCCUUUGGCACGGACAGUGCUCUUCUCUGAAGACUUCUACUGCUUCUUUGGUUAUGUGGAGCUUUCGACCUUUGACAUCGCCUCAGACGCCUUCGCCUCAUUCAAGGAUCUCCUCACAAGACACAAGAUUAUGUGUGCAGAUUUCCUGGAGAACAAUUAUGACAGGGUGUUUACAGAAUACGAGAAGCUCCUGCAUUCUGAGAACUACGUCACCAAACGACAGUCUUUGAAGCUCCUCGGGGAACUUCUGCUGGAUAGACACAACUUCACUGUCAUGACCAAAUACAUCAGUCGGGCGGAGAACUUGAAGCUGAUGAUGAACUUGCUAAGAGACAACAGCAGAAACAUCCAGUUUGAAGCAUUCCAUGUGUUCAAGGUAUUCGUUGCAAACCCCAACAAGACUCAGCCCGUGCUGGACAUCCUGCUGAAGAACCAGACCAAACUCGUGGAGUUCCUGGGCCACUUCCAGACCGACAGAUCGGAGGAUGAGCAGUUCUGUGAUGAGAAGAACUAUCUGAUCAAGCAGAUCCGGGACCUGAAGAGGCCCACAGCACCGGAGGAAGCUUAAGGCGGCAGCGGCGACUGCUCCCAUCAGGUGGUAGAUGUACAGGUGGUGGCUGGAGCUCCAGAAGGCUAAGAGAGUCUAAAAGACAUGCUUCAUUAAAAUGUAAUAUUAACCACAACAUAUAGGAAAAAAGCAAAGAUUACUUCCUUCACUUUCUUUUCUUUUUUUUCUUCUUUUUUUAGUAUGGAUGUGGAGGUGAUUUCCAUCCAGCAACUUGAGUGGGCCAAGAACUGUUAUUUAAACCAUAGUGCUUCUUCUUUGGUGAUGAUGAAAUGUAUUUUAGUCUGUUCUUGUAAUGUUGGACCUUAAACUGUUACCUUUCCACAUGCAUUGUUGUGACAGAGACUGUAGAAUGACAAAAAGGCCCCCAUCCCUCCUUCACAGCCAACGUGCGUUCUUGAAAGUCUUUCUCACAGAUGUGUCUAUAUUUUAGAAAUAGAGAAGCUGCGGAGAAGCAUAUAUACAUGCAUUAUUUUUCUAAUGUAUCUUCCUGGUAAACAGUUUAGGACAUACAAUAACCCUUCGCUCUGAACAUUGUUUAGUCUAACUAAUUGCAUAGGUUUGGUUUAUUGCCUUAUUGUAAAGCUGUUGUGUUGUACAGGGACUUAAUAGAUCUUCAGAAAUACGGCUUUGGCAGAGACACGUGGAUCAUAUUGUCCAGGUCAUCACAUAGUAAUUUUCGGUGAUUUAAUGUGUAGGCGGUAGGCCUUUUGGUUGCAUUGUGUGAGGUCACAGAGAUCACAAAUUAUCCUGCAGUACUCGUCGAUGCAUUAGCUGGCACAGGAGGGGAAAUCAAAACUAGAGAGGAAUCAAUUAAUUGCGCUGUGAUUUAUUUUAAUUUUUUUUUAGGCUGUGCUCAGCGAGGCUUACAUGACUGAAAUAGAAGCAAGGCAUCAGAUAAUGCUGCAGGGUACCAGCCAUCCGUUCACCGCUAACAUGGACAGCAUGGACAUUCCGAUUGAUCUCACUCUCACACAUUGAGCACAGAUAGGGCCCACUCAUUUGAAGCAAUGAUUUAACCAACGAUGAACGGGUGGGUUUUAGAGCACGUGGUGUUUGCCAUAUGAGGCAUUUCUCCAUAACAGCAUAAGCACUGCAUAACGCUAGAAAUUAUAUUGCAGUUUACACGGAGGUGUUGCCCAUGAAGAUGCUUCAAAAAGUAUGUUGCACUGUUAAUCUAUUACGAGAGCAUGAGGUGUCAUUUAAAAUAAGCGGACAUGCCGAAGUUUUUUCAUACUAACGUUCAGCAGGAAGUUCCCUCGUUUGGUUUUCAUUCGACACGUAUUGAACAUCUGCUAAAAUUUGAAUUUGAGAAUUGGUCAGAAGGUAAUGGACUUUGAUUUGACGAACUAGAUCCUCUUGAUCUCAUGUCAACAAUAACUCUGAUCCAUGCAGUUGUUUACUCUUAACACCAAAGAAUACAAAACAUCUAUUGGUCUGAUUUAUAAUAAUACAUUUGAAUAUAUUACCCUGUCACAUGCCUUUUGGAUGCAUCAGAAAGCACGUCCUAUUAGAUGUCAACACAUUGUCUAAAUUACCAACGUGCACCUUUUUUUAAAACCAUAGUUUUGUUUUGGCUGACGAGCACUGAAUCUAUCGAGUUCCUCACGCGCAUCGCCGAUUAGUUACAUUUCUUAAAAAUAAAUACUUGCCUUACUUCUGCCAUUGUCACUGAAAUGGCAUUUUAGGGAUUUGAAGAUAUGUGUUGUCUGAGCGCACAGACUAUAGUGUGUGUGUGUGUGUAUAUACCUCAUGGGAUUUGAGUUUGCAAAUGCUGUGUUCUCGUUCGCUUUCCUUACUCGACAAGAUAUAUUUUAUUUGACUGUUUAAAAUACACAGCAGUGGUUUGAAUGCAUGCCUGAACUUGACGUACGUAUAUGUUCAAACUUGAACGGGGACUACGAUCUGGUUUUCACAAUGGAAAACUAGAUUUUUAAACUGAACUAUUUCAUCGGGUGUUGCCACACGUUAAUUCAUAAUGAAUAGCAGUGUGCUACCUUGUAAUGAAUGUUGCCUUAUUUAAAGACAUUUAAAGGAUCGUAAUGAUCUUGUGAAAUUCCAGAACUUUUUUUUUUUCUUUUUCUUUUUAGACCAAAGUCCAUAUGAAAAAGGAUAAAGAUGUACAUUUCAAGUCCCAAAUGUAUUACCAGUUCAUUUCUCAGCUCCACACCUAGUGUAGUGUAGCUCUGUCACCAACCGCAUUAUACUCUAAGGUGAUCCUGCGAGUGUAAAUAUAUAUUUUAACAGACUACACUCAGUUAUUAGCUUCUGUUUUUUUUUUUUAUAUAUAUUGUUUUUUUUUUUUAUCACAAUUUGGUACACUGCACCAAAUAGUCACAAGAUUAUCAUCAGGCCUUUACGGAUCAAUACAUUUAUUUGUGGACUGCUGUGAAUAUGGUACAUUAUGCACAAAUAGACUGAAGUCCUGCACAAAGUGCACCGUCAUGUCACCAGUUUAUGAGAGAAAGUUUGUCUGAAAGUGUGUUUAAAGUUUCUUUAAAAAAAAAUCCUGUCAGUGAUCAACUCCCUUGUGAUUAUUUACUGGCAAAACCAGUUUUUUAAAAACUACAUCAAUGCCCAAUUAGACUUACCCCAUUUACACAAGAGUAAUUAUUAAUAUAUAUAUACAUGAGCACAAACAAACUUGCAGCUUGCUGACAAACUGUUGCAUUAAAAAAAAGUGUAAUAAUAUCAAAAGAUUAUCUGAGUUGUGUAAAAGAAAAUGACGUUAAUUUUAAAUAAUCCUCCACAAUAUGAUUUAAAUUGAGCCCAGUCAUGACGUGCUGUUCACAGUGGUCCCAUCAGGGGGAGCUGUUGGCAUCAAUUGGCCCAAUUGUAUUAGCUGCAUCAACAAAGCAUGUCAUGUUUCUAUAACCCUACCUCUAAUUAUGAGUUUAUAAAUCACUGGCGAUAUUAUGUAGACGUCAACACAAAUUCCUUAAGAUCAGUACUAUAUAUUUCAUGAUUUAGAGUUCUCUGUUAAAAUAUUUGUUGUGCUUUACUUUUUUAUUCUGUUGCCUUUCCCCUUUUCUUUUUUUUCCCUUUACCUUUCUCUUUCCAAACUCUGGAUAUUGUUUUCUUUAUUUACCAUGGGAGCGAAUAAUGUGUACAUAACUUUAUAAAGGAUACAAGUGUGAAAGCAUUCAUGAAAAUAAAAUCUUUAUGGCAAAUUUA